AUGGACAGAGAAAACCAAACUGUUAUCUCUGAAUUCCUUCUCCUGGGACUCUCUAGUCAGCCAGAACAGCAGAAAAUUCUCUUCUGGCUGUUCCUGUGUGUUUAUCUUGUCACUGUGUUUGGAAACUUGCUCAUCAUGCUGGCCAUUGGCCUGGAUGCCCGGCUUCACUCGCCUAUGUACUUUUUCUUGGCCAACCUCUCUUUUGUUGAUAUUUGCUUUUCAUCAGUUACAAUCCCCAAAAUGUUGAUAAACCACAUAUCAAAAAGCAACUCUAUCUCUUAUGUGGAGUGCAUGAUACAAAUGUAUUUCUUUAUUACUUUUAUAAACAUGGAUGGGUUUCUUCUGGUGGUAAUGGCUUAUGACCGUUACAUGGCCAUUUGCCGCCCACUUCACUACGCUACUGUCAUGCGCCCUGGGCUUUGUAUCCUUUUGGUGGCCAUAUCCUGGGUCAUUACUAAUCUUCAUGCUCUCUUACACACCCUAUUAAUGGCUCAAUUGAUGAACAGAGGAAACCUGACCAGUGUAUCAGAGUUCCUCCUAUUGGGCCUCUCCAGGUGGCCUGAGCACCAACAACUCCUUUUUCCAUUGUUCUUGGGGAUGUACUUGAUCACAGUAAUUGGGAAUCUAUUAAUCAUCCUAGCCAUAUGUUCCAAUGUUAACCUUCAUAGCCCCAUGUACUUUUUCCUCAUCAAUCUCUCCUUCACCGACAUCUGUUUUAUCUCUACCACAGUCCCCAAGAUGUUAAUGAACCUUUAUUCCCAGGAUUACACCAUCUCCUAUGUGAAGUGUCUGACUCAAAUGUACUUUUUCACCUUGUUUGUUGGACUAGAUGACUUCCUCUUGGGUAUGAUGGCUUAUGACCGAUACAUAGCCAUCUGCCGCCCACUUCAUUAUUCAAUGGUAAUGAGCCCCAGAAUCUGCAUACUAUUUGUGUCUGGGUCCUGGAUCAUCACUAACAGCUGUUCCUUGUUACAUACUCUUCUAGUAAAUCAGUUGUCUUUUUGUGAAGAGAAUAUAAUUCCCCACUUCUUCUGUGACCUUUCAGCCAUGCUCAAGCUCUCUUGUUCUGAUACUUACGUCAAUGACCUAGAGAUUAUAAUUGUGGGAGGGUUUUUGGUUGGUGCCCCAUUCAUUCUAAUCAUAGUGUCCUAUAUUCACAUUAUUUUGGCCAUUCUGAAGAUCCCAUCUACUGGAGGCAAGUAUAAAGCUUUUUCCACCUGUGGUUCCCACCUCUGUAGUGUGUCCAUCUUCUAUGGAACCCUUAUGGGGGUGUAUUUUCUUCCCUCCUCCACUCAUCUAGACAAUUUAGACAUGCUAGCUGCUAUCUUCUAUACCAUACUGACUCCCAUGCUCAACCCCUUCAUCUACAGUCUGAGGAACCAGGACAUGCAGAAUUCUCUGAGACUUUUUCUCAACAAGAGAACAUUCUUCUUCAGAUGA